AUGUCUUCCCUCGUCUCAGAGUUUCUCAUCAACCCCGUCUUGCGUCAGGCUCGUCGAUUUUCCGAAAUCUCACGAUCUACCUUCACUGGCGAUGGAGGCGACUCGACCGAACACGCUGACGCAGUGAGCGAUUCCGGCCAUCCUGAUAGUCCUGUCUCUGCGCCUGUACCUGUAUCUGUACCCGUACCUCUGCCAGUACCUGAGCCGGCACCGGUGCCGAUCAGCGAGUCUCCCCUCACCAGGCCCCUCAGCGUCUCGACCCAAGAAACAAGAGUUGAAGAACCCGAACCAGUUCCAAUCAUGUCCCAAGAAACUCCCCCCCGCGAUCAUAUCGGGAUUGCUCUGAGCCCGCUCAGCUCUCGUCGGAUUCCCGAAGAUGAUGGUAUGCGCGAGUUGCGAUCCCGGAUCCAUUCGAUCAACGCCCAAGACAUACCCCAAAAUGAUAAAGCGCGGUUAAUCCACGAUAUUCUGUUGGAAGGAUAUAAGUCAUCCAAGACAGUACCGCUUGUAAAGAAAAUCCUCGAGAGUGGUGAAGGCUUGGAUGUACCUCUAUCGCAGUCACCGUCGUCGCCACUAUCGAGGCCGUUGAAGUUCUGGCAGAAUCAACCGGAUGAGGAAAUAUUUAUCUUGAGCGAGGAAGACAAAGCACCGACGUAUGUACCUGUGAAGCCGCCGAAACGACAUGGAAGUGAGACUCCAGUGGAACCUUUAGAGGUAGUACCAGAAACGGAACAACCUCUUGGAUGCCAACACUACGAACGAAACGUCAAGCUCCAGUGCUUCACAUAUUGCGACUGCCCCAUCUGUGGCGAGUACCUCUUCACUUCACCACGGCCUGUGGUCUUCAUGCCUUGCGGUCAUAGUAUUCAUAAGAAGUGCUACGAACAGCAUAUGAAAGUGUCAUACAAAUGCCCGAUCUGCAACAAGAGUCUUACGAACAUGGAGAGUCAGUUCCGAAAUCUGGAUGUUGCCAUCCAGACUCAGCCCAUGCCACCGGAGUUCCGCGACACCACUGCCGUUAUUCUGUGCAACGAUUGCUCCGGAAAGAGUACUGUUCGAUAUCACUGGUUGGGUCUGAAAUGCUCCAUAUGCCGGUCAUAUAAUACGGUAGAACUGAAUAUUGUUGGAGGUGACCGUGCGGUAUCUCAGCCGCCUGCUGAAAUGCAACCGAUUGUAGAAACUGGACGGGAUGCUUCUGGGUCUGUGAGUGGAAACCGAGCACCUAUAACAGUGGGAAACAGGCGCAGGCAUUCGUCUCACGGUGUUGAGGCUCAAUACCGCGCUCCAGAUAGAGUUGCACGAUCAGUGUCCCCUGGCAAUAUGGGUUUCGACUCGAUCAUGGCACACCUGCCACCAGACGAAGAGUCCGAGGACGAUAUCCUUGGAAUUUGGAGAAUCCGCAACCGUGGCAACAAUGCAUCAGAGAAUGACGAAGACUCUGAACUGGAUGAUCUCAGCGACACACUUUCGGACGCUGAAGAGGAGGACGACGAUGAUGAAGAAGACGAAAACGAAAUUGUUCUUAUUGGACAUCGAUGA